UGUUCUAGGUUUUGGCUGUCCUCGAAGCACGAUUUAUCAUCAAGGUUAUAAUCAUGAGUUCUGUUUGUUAUUUCUAUACAGCACCACUUCCGCACUAUCUCUACAACUUCAAACAAGCCUAACCAGAUUACAAAUUUGAUGUGUUCCAAGUGUUAAGAUAACAUGAUAAGUAUAUAAAAUUAGAUACUUAAGUGUUCUUUUAAUCAUACUUUCGACUGAACUGGAGUGCAACAGUCGAAACAAAGUGCAUAACCAUGUUUCUAGCCAUCGCAGUGAUUUUGUUUUGUACCCCCUUUAUUUGGUGGUUCUUAUUUUUGCAAAAAUACAAGUCUUUGAGUGUCAUUCCUGGCCCUAGGCCUAUUCCUCUUCUUGGAAAUGCGAAUGAUCUUGGACAGACUCCUCAAGCCUUCUUCAACAACUGCUCGAAAUUCAUGAAAGAAUACGGUGACGUUUUUCGCCUCUACAUCGCCGACGAAUGCAAAAUCUUCGUCGCCAACGCAGACUUCUUGGAACAAAUCAUGAGCUCAAACAUCCACAUCACAAAAUCGAGAGGGUACUCCCUCUUGAAAAAAUUCGUAAACUAUGGCCUGCUCACAAGCACAGGAUCAAAGUGGAAAACGCGCAGGAAAAUGAUCACACCAACCUUCCACUUCAAAAUUCUGGAUCAGUUUCUCGAGGUAUUUAACGCCAGUGGAGACAUCCUCGUAGAUAAACUCUCCCAAGAAGUGGGAAAACCUUCCACCGACUUGUACCCCUACAUAAAUUUAUUUUCCCUCGACGUGAUCUGUGAAACCGCCAUGGGGGUGAAAAUGUCGACUCAAGAGGGCGAGAACUCCGAAUUCGUGGAUUCUCUUCGGGGUUGGCUCGAUAUUUUCAUGGUCAGGUUUUUCUCGGCUUGGAAGAGAUACGACUCUCUUUUUAAAAUAACUUCGGAGCACUCACUGAAUGAGCACUAUUUGAACGUUCUUCAGAAGUACUCGAGUACGGUGGUGGAAAGAAGGCGUUCUGAAAAGGCACAAGAGAAAAAAGAAGUUACGGAUUCGGAUUUCGGGAUUAAGCGAAAAGUGGCUUUGUUGGAUAUGUUGCUGGAGUCUGAGUACAACCAGAGUUUGACGAACGACGACAUUACGGAAGAAAUUAACACUUUCAUGUUCGAGGGUCACGACACCACCACUUCUGGAAUUUGUUUCGCAUUGUUAGCUCUGGCGGAUCAUCCGGAAGUGCAGGAAAGAGUUUACGAGGAGAUCGAGGCGACUGUCGGGGACGAAAAAUACGUGACAAUGAAGCAACUACAAGAUACGAGAUAUCUGGAAAUGGUUGUCAAAGAGGUCCAACGAAAGUACUCAGCGGUGCCGAUUGUGGAACGUCAGUUGGAAGUGGAUGCUAAAAUUUGUGGUGUUGAUUUUCCAAAAGAUACAACUUUGACUCUGUAUCUUUAUGGUGUUCACCAAAACGAGAAAUAUUUUCCUGAGCCGGAAAAAUUUGACCCGGAUAGGUUUCUGCCGGAGAGACAAUCGGAGCGUCAUAAUUAUGCAUUUGUGCCCUUCAGUGCAGGUGCUAGGAAUUGCAUAGGCCAAAAAUUUGCAAUGUUGGACAUGAAAGUGACCCUCAUAAAAAUUUUGCAAAAAUAUAAAGUUUCUCCUGUCCCGGGCUACAAACCAGAGUUAGGAAUGGCGGCGAUUUUGAAGUCAUACAAUGGAAUCAACGUGCGAUUCCAACGAAGAAGUCACGAAAUGAAAUAACUUAAUAGAUUUAAUUUUAUUACGUGUUUAUUAUCUACAACUUAGUGAAAUGUGGAUACUGAUAAAAUAAAGAUUUGUGGUGUGUAAA